GACUUUAGGAUGUUGAUGACGAAAAGGAGAUUUUGACUUUAGGAUGGUAAUGACGAAAAGGAGAUUUUGACGUUAGGAUGGUGAUGACGAAAAGGAGAUGUGGGCUGCUGCUUGGGAAGCUGAUUCAUCUAGCUCGGUUAAUAUCAAGAAAAGCAGUUUACAGUACAAUAAGUUAUCGCUGUGCAAAAAGAGCACCUGUAAAGUACUACUACCAAGGACGUAAGGAAUUCGGAGCCUAUAAUACUCAGAUCAACCGUCUCUUAAAAUAUGGGACAACAGAAAUGUACAAGAGUCAAUUUGGUAUGACGAGAUCAGAGUAUCAUUCACUUUUCAUGAAAGUUCGACCGCUUCUAGAACCAAAGAAGUUCAACCGGAAAAGUACGUCAAUCUCAGCUAGAGAGCAGCUCAUUUUAACCCUAAGCUACCUGAAGUCUGGGUGUGCGCAAGGGUAUCUGGCGAACCAGUUUGUACUAUCCCGGUGCAGAGUGUGUAGGAUAAUAAAGAAGGUGACAACGGCCAUCUCUGUCUGCCUGGCUGAACACGCAGAUUUUCGUCCACGGUCGACUGAAUGUUGGAAAAAAAUUGCUCAGAGAUUCCAUGAAAGAUGGCAGCUGCCGCACUGCAUUGGGGCAGUGGACGGCAAGCAUUGCUUCAUUACAAAAUUUGGGAAAACUGGAAGUUACACGAUUAAUUAUCACGGAUGGCCGUCUGUUAUUCUCCUCGCAGUGUGUGACGCUGAUUAUAUAAUCCGUCAUUUUAACGUUGGAAGCUUUGGCGGUCGAUCAGACGGAGGAAUCUGGUCAGAGGACAGACUGGGACGAGGACUGGCCUCUGGAGAAUUCCUAGAACGGGGUUUUAUACCUGCUGCUGAGAUUCUGCCGAAUGAUGAUCAGGAGCGACUUGGUAGAGUCAAUUACUACAUUGUCGGUGACGAUGCCUUUCCCCUUCAUGCUCAUUGUAUGAAGCCGUACAGGGGGAAGGUGUCAAAAUCUCAGCGGAUGACAAACUAUAGGUUAUCCAGAGGCAGGAUGGUCAUAGAGUGCGUCUUCGGACACCUAUCAAGGAAAUGGAAGAUCCUGAGUCACCUGACCACAAAUGAGGAGGUGACUAGGCUGAUUCUGAAAAGCUGUGUGCAUCUGCACAAUUUCUUGCGGAUAUCACGCUUGGACGACGCAGACGAGCUGGAACUGAUUGAAAACCCUCCUUCGGAGCUCUUCGGACGCAGCUUGUCCCUCGACGAUUCUCCUAACCAUCUUGUGGAUUCUGGGGAGAGGACAAGGACAAGAUUGCACUAUUAUUUUAAUUAUGUCAACCCGAUUGAGAUCCAGAGAUAAGUUAUGGCUUCCCAUCUUAGACCACAACUCAGCUCUUUAUCUGCAUAAAAAAAUACCACCCGCCAGAUUAAAUUCACUUAAAUUCCAUCAUUUGUAUUAGGUCAAUGAAACUGCAUACAUAACAAGCUUAGACAUUUCCUCGAAUACACCUGGAAAAAAAAUGGAUGUAUACUUUUGGAAGUACAUAGAAUCUCCUGGGAGACCCUAUAAAAAAUCUUCGCAUUUUUCUAUUGGCGUUUUUAUAAAACCUGAUAAAUAGAGCUCCUGAUCAACGAUACUCAUCGUUUUAGCAUCCAAUCCUCUCAGAAUGGUAAGAAUUUGAAUUUUAGAGUUGCUUUUAAAGGGUUCUAAAACUUAACUCACUUCAAAUUUAAGCAAAUAUAUGGCCUGAUAUGUGCUCAGUAUUUUGUUACACGUGUAUUUGUAUUUGUAACACGUGUAUUUUUAAAGAUUGGUAAUUUUACACUUGUAAUUAUUUUUGUAAAACGUGCAUGUAUUGUUUUGACUAACACGUGUACUUUUCUAGAACGUGUUUUUUAAAUGUCCUCCGCAAGUGACAAGCAGUCCACACGGCCAAUGUUGCGUGAACUGCUGUCUGCUACGGUGAUCUUAUUCACACAAAAGGAAUAAACUAAGAAUAAUGUUCAUUUAUUUAUCAUACUGUGCUAUGUUUUCACGUAUUUGAUUUAAUAUCUUUAUCUGCCU